AUGAUUCAAGUCAAGGAUGCAGUCUUGGUCGAGCAUUUGCUUCUGUGGCUGGCUUUGCUUGCAAGAGGUUUCUUAGCAUUGGAUCCUGCGCGAGGAGUGUUAGAUGAUGUUGCCUUGGCUCAAGCAAAGCUCGGAGCUGUUGGACCCAACCAGUGUGGCUGUGCCCAGAACACCGCGGCAGGCUUCAGCCUGCUACCACAUCAGAGAACCCAAUCAGCAGGUUUUCAGGAGAAGCCCGUUCCUGGGCUGAUUCUAGCGGGUGUAGCGCGAUCCGGCCGCGAACCGACUGCGAUCGUCCCCCCGCAAGCCACGAUCUAG